GUUAAUGUCGAUUUCGUAAAACGAAACGCCCGUCAACUGGAGAGGUCACGGGGUCAAACAAUACGUAUCCCGCACACCCCUGCGACAACAAUAGCAUGACGUAAUAGACUUGCUCCAUAGCUACGCUAAGAAGAUCGGGCUGAUAUCGAACGUCAAACUUUCUCUGGGAGGAAAUUAACUGUGAAAACGAUCGAAAAUCUUCAUUAUCAACAGAUACUUGUGGAUUUAUUAGGCAAAGGAACAAAAUGCCGUUACCACCAAAUGGAAAAAGUAUACUUAUGACGCCCGAUCCAUUUCAUACACCUGGAUACGGUGGGUUCUGUCCGCAAUUUAAGUACCAGAUCGGCGAGACAUUUGGCCGUACCACGUCUCGUCUUCUCGAGAACGACGCUGUGGCCAGCUCGGGAAAACUAGUGUUAGCCGAUCUGUCCAAACCACGUCCUAGUUCAGAGCCUACCCACUCCAAGUCUAACCUCCUAAAGAACCGCACACAAAGCUGGGGAGACCAGAAACUUCUGGAGAAGAUGGUGCCGGGUUAUACAGGUUUUAUCCCCAGAAGUCAGCACUUUUUUGGAAACAGAUACGCCAUUAACUGUCGCAGUGCCAUCUCAGACUUUGAGUAUGAUCAUCGGCUACACAACGAGAAGCUACAAGACCUGAAACUGACAGCCGAGCUACAACAGGGCAAGGUGUUAGACAAGGAUGGCAAACCUAUGCCUGCAAUCAGAAGUCGAUACUUUACCCCACUAACAGCUGUUGCUAAGGAACCAAAGCCAUACAUAUCCGCCAAUGGCUUCCAGCAUUCCAAGUCUCCUUACCACAUGGAUAACGGAAAUCCCAACAAAUGUUUCAUGUCAGGUUAUACCGGGUUCGUGCCACGAAGCAGAGGUCAGUUAGGGAUGGGCUAUCCCAUCAUAACGCACCAAGGUCUAAAUGAAUUCACCAACGACCUGAAGAACACGAAGGACGCCAUGAACAGGGAUGCAAACCUGAGGAGGGAGGCUCCCAAGAUGACCAACACUAAACCCAUCUACCCUGUGGAGAGUGGCCUGGUGCCUCACUAUACCGGACACAUACCUGGCCAAAAGUUCAGAUACGGUGAGACGUUUGGACACAGCACGGAAAAUGCCCUGACCCAGCCUCCUCCGAGGGAAUUGAUAGCCUCCAUUUAAACUGAAUAGUUCGAUGGUUCGAUGAGGAAUUAUUGGAUAAACACUGGUAAACACAUCCUGUAUAAUGGAACUGGACUCUGCGACUACAUCAAGGAGUACAAAGUUUAAAGUGUAUGAACUUAAUAUCAAAGAAGUGAAAUAAAAAUAAAAUCAGUGAUUAAUUAAAUAAAUAAUUAAUCAAUCAAUAUGUUUCAUACUGCCAAUGUAGACCAUUCUAGAUUGAAUUAACUGCCUGUAGUAGUAGGGUGGGGAAGGGCUGCAUUCAAUGCAUGGUAAAUAAAGUAUGUUGUUAUAUGGGAGCGCUAUGAAAGACCACAGUUUGGUAAGGUUUCAAACCAGAUUCUACAGAAUAUAUUUUCUAUGUUAUGUUUAUGUCUGAAACCGUUGGUUGGUGUACAUAAUAUAUAAGUUAUAUAAAAAUUUCUCAUAUUAAGAUUUCAUAUAUGUAUAUAUAUAUUUAUUAUAUAUCAUUUUUUUGUAUAAGGUAUUUGUUUUUUUGUUAAAAUACAUCUGUACAUUGCUCAAUCUGUAAAUACGGUUGAUAUUUCCCACAUAAGCUGUUGAUCUGUGAUAAACUUUCUGCAUUACAUAAAAAAA